ACAGGGGUGACUGUUCCUUAGAGGGUAGGGGCGUGUCUCUGGGCGGGGUUGGAGACGGAACCUUGGGCGUGGUUCGGGAGGAGAGGAAGAGACGUGGCCAAGCAGAGCUGAGAGAGCUGUGGAGGAAGGCCAUCCUGCAACAUAUAAUACUACUGAGAAUGGAGAGAGAGAACAACAAGAUACAGGCGUCGGAGAGCAAGCGGUUGCGUCUGGAUUAUGAAGAGAUAACUCCAUGUCUGAAGGACGUCACGCUGGUCUGGGAGAGCAUGCUGGGAACACAGGCCAGGUCAAAGGUCAAGUUCAACACUGACACCGUCCACGCUGCUGUCGGACAGGGAGUUCCUAGGCAGUACAGAGGAGAGGUGUGGAAGUUCCUAUCGGAGCAGUAUCUAUUGAGACAGAUGGUUCCUCUCAGACCUCCAGCCAUCGACACUCCUUAUAAAGACCUGCUCAAACAGCUCACCUCACAACAACAUGCUAUCCUCAUAGACCUGGGUCGUACCUUUCCAACACAUCCGUAUUUCCAGGCUCAGUUGGGGGCCGGUCAGCUGUCUCUCUAUAACCUGCUGAAGGCCUACUCUCUACUGGACCCAGAGGUGGGGUACUGUCAGGGUCUCAGCUUCGUAGCAGGAGUGUUGUUGUUACACAUGGGAGAGGAGGAUGCCUUCAACAUGCUCAAGUUCCUCAUGUACCAUAUGGGCCUCCGCAAGCAGUACCGGCCUGACAUGAUUAUACUGCAGAUCCAGAUGUACCAGCUGUCCCGUCUCCUCCAUGACUACCACAGAGAUCUGUAUGUCCAUCUGGAGCAACAUGAGAUAGGGCCAUCUCUCUACGCUGCUCCCUGGUUCCUCACUGCCUUCGCAUCUCACUUCCCUCUAGGCUUCGUAGCCAGGGUGUUUGACAUGUUGUUUCUCCAGGGGUCGGAGGUGAUCUUCAAGGUGUCACUAAGUCUUCUGGGUAGUCACAAGCCCCUGAUCCUACAGCAUGACAGUCUGGAGUCUAUAGUAGACUUCAUCAAGACUACACUACCUAACCUGGGACUGGUCCAGAUGGAGAAGACCAUCAACCAGGUGUGUGAGAUGGACCUGUCCAAACAGCUGCAGGCGUACGAGGUGGAGUACCACGUCUUACAGGACGAGCUGUGUGACACGCCCGCUCACCUCAACCAAUCACAGCGCACCGCCCAGCUGGAACGCACCAAUCAGAACCUCCGACAGCAAAGCCUCGACCUGCUGGAGGAACUGCAGACGUCCCAGGCCCGUGUGUGUCGUCUGGAAGGCCGGGUGGAGGGGCUGGUCCAAUCAGAGGCUCUGCUGAGAGAACAGGUGUUUGAACUGGAGGAGGAGAGGAGCAGGCUGCGGAGCACCGUCACACACCUACACACACUCCUCACCGCACUGGGCAUACACACACACACAGCGCACGGAGACUUCAACCUGGCCCUGCACGCACACUCCGCUGCCGACAGAGACAGAGACGGACAGAGAGAUGGAGAAGGUGUGGACGUCCCCACUGGAGAGGGGCCGAGGCAGGGUAACUCACCCCAGGGAGAGGGGCCGAGGCUGGGGCAGGGGACAGCAGCGUCCUCCCCUCUCCUCCCUCAUCCGCUGGCUCUACCGGAACACUGAAUACUCUCCCAGAGGAACCUGACGAGAAGAGAGGGACAGAAAACCAGAAGGACCUUUUGACCUUAGAGCUCCCCCCAAAAGACUGUUCUCCUGUACUAAACUGUAGAAAUGGGUGAUUUUCUUUGAGCUACAGUCCUCUCUGGGUCUAUACUCCACACAACAGUCCUAUACACGUAGUUACGGUUGCCACCUGGCUGUGUGUCUAUGCCCGAGUCACAGUGGGUAACGCUGUUUCUUGAUCACGGUCCUCGCCAUAGGAAACAUGUUAUACACACUGAGUACGCAAUAAGAGUCACACAGCCUCAACAACCAAAUACUGUCAUAUCUACUGUAAUGUAAUGACAACCACAGUACAGCCAAAGCCCUGGACUCCAGCCCCCCCCAUGAUGCCCUGCUCCACACUGACACUUCCUGGUGGACCACGUCACUUCCUACAUGACAGGAAGCUGGAGAGAUUCCCAUUGGUCAGACUUUGGGAAGGUGUGGGAAUAGAUUAUGUUUGUGUGUUGAGAGAGAGAGAGAGAGAGAGAGAGAGAGAGAGAGAGAGAGAGAGAGGAGAGAGAGAGAGAGAGAGAGAG